AUGCCUUGUCAGCCUUACGAUUGUGAAGCUCCUUCGUGGACUCCAGUUUGGUUUUCUCCUCCCCAACAGCUGCAGCAAUUUGGACCUUCAGAGUGUCACAGAUUUGGAGAACUUCUGAAAGAGAAGCCUGCAGCAGCAGCACUGCCAUCACCUAUUCUGCGUUCCUCUCCCAUCAAGCUUGCUGUAGUAACAAUGUCGGCAUCACCCAUGCAUUCCUCUUGUGCUCUAAAAGAAGAAGAGACUCCAAUAAGUCCAAUUCUUGGCAAAAAUCAUGCAUUGAAGGCUGUUAGAAAACGACUUUUUGAGUGCAAUAAAGUUGAACCACCUUCAGAUGAGAAUGAGGAAGAACAGGAAACAUCAGAAUACGACUUAAAUUUUGAGCCUGGUUCUAACAAGUGGGAGUGCGUUGAUAUGGAAAGUUUCACCACAUCUGAAGAUAAGACUAAGGCCCCACGAAGAAAGCAAACUCCAGAGGUAGCUGGGAUAUUCCAAAGAUUAAGAGCAAUUCCCAAGUACAGUGGACUGGAGAUGAGGCCCCCAGGACAAGUCAGCACAAAGAUCAAAGGAGUAAAAAGGAGACAACUUCCAGGAUGGUGUUGUACGAAUUGUGAAGAGGUAAAUAAUUAA